UUACUUUAUUUAAAUUAUCGACCCGCCUCUUUCACGCCUUCAUCCCUCAACCUUCACAACCGACCUCAUUCAGUGCCUGUAACUGUCCACACAGUCCGAGGCUCAGUGGAUUAACACGGAUAUAUGGCUCAAAACAUUAAGGUUACCUCUCCUAUCGGUGCUUUUAUUGUCUUGUAAAAAUUCCGCCGAAAAAGAGAAGACGUUUUACCUCAAAUGCCGGCGAUUUCUCCCGUGUGUAUGUGAACUACGAGAACAGCUUAGGGGCUUCUGUCUACCGUGAGCAGUUCAAUUUCAACGCGGAGCCCCCUUGGGAUCCUAGCUGAUAGCUGGAGAGGUCGACCUCUGACCUAUUCCUUGGAUAUCGCUAGGACCCAAGAGCUCUGAGGCUUCUCAUAAAUAGGUGACCUGCUUUAUGCCAGUCAGAACAUCAGAUUACGGAUGAGAAUGAAGGGAUUUCUGGAUGAACCACGCUUUUCUGUUGAGCUGCUGGAAGGAAGCGCAGCUCUCCGAGGUUUGAUCGAUAAACACAUCCAUGAUCAAACUCUUGCACUGAAGAGUGCAUUUUUUGUGGCUGACUUGGGGGUGAUUGUGCGGCAGCAAGUUCGCUGGAGAACUAAAAUGGACCCGAUUCAGCCUUUCUACACGGUCAAGAGCAACAGCAGCCCUGUGGUUGUUGAAAUCCUGGCUGCUCUUGGAACUGGCUUUGUUUGUUCAAACAAGCAUGAGCUGGACUUAGUGAAGGGCUUUGGCGUCCCGUCUCAGGACAUCAUUCUCGGCGGCACGUGUAAACAGCUCUCUCAUAUCAAAUACGCAGCCAAACACAACAUCUCCCUCCUGGUUUGUGAUAAUGAGGCAGAGCUGCGGAAGAUUGCACGAUGUCAUCCCAAAACAAAGGUGUUGCUGCUGUUGACAUCGGAGAGCUGUUGCGAGCGUGAGGAGACGGCCAUACCGUUCGGCUCCACGCUGAAGGACUGCAGACAUCUGCUGGAGAGUGCCAGAGAGCUCAGCCUGCACAUUACAGGAGUCAAAUUCAACAUUCCCAGUUGUUGUCAGGAUGCACAAGCAUUCUCUCGUGCUGUUUCUGACGCCCGCUGUGUCUUUGAUAUGGGGGAGGAGCUUGGCUUUGAGAUGAAUAUUCUGGACGUCGGAGGCGGCUUUGAUGGAAGUGAGGCGCAGUUAGACAAGGUUAACCAGAUGCUGAAACCCAUGCUGGACAUGUAUUUUCCUCUCUCGACCGGCUUGUCGCUCAUCGCUGAACCCGGAGUUUAUUAUGUGUCAUCUGCCUUCACGCUGGCCAUGAAUAUAAUCGCUAAGAAAAACGUGGCUCGUGAUUUCAGUGGUCAACCACACAAUGCACUGUCUGCAAAUGAUGAGCCUGAGUUUCUCUACUACAUGAACGAUGGGGUUUAUGGGACUUUUGCCAAUAAGCUGCUUUGUGAAGAUUCAGUAUCAAUGCCUUCGGCACACAAGGAGGUGAGCGCAGAAGAGCCGCUGUUCUCCAGCAGUCUGUGGGGUCCGUCUGCUGAUGAUCUGGAUCAGGUGGUGGAGCGAUGUCUGCUGCCGGAGCUCAGUGUCGGAGACUGGCUGCUUUUCAGCAACGCAGGGGCCAACGGUCUGGGGGCCACAUUCACUAACGGAGAGGAACACAAACCGCCCGUCUUCUACUGCAUCACUGAAUGCGACUGGCAACAGGUUCAUAACUCUGGCGUCACUUUGGACGCGAGGAUGAAGAACCUCUCUGUGGUACCAUGCGGCUUGCAACCAAACAUAUCCAAGGCGUCCGUUUCCACCCCGGCGUAACAUAAAGCCACUUAUUAAUGUCAUUAUCUCGACUGACUUUAAGCACUUAAGAACCUAGAAUCUUCUAAGAAGCUUCAGUUGCUUUGAAGAAGUUUGGCUGGGACCAGAGCUGAAGAAGUGUUGUUGACCAGAACAACUUCAUAGCCAUCACAUCUGAUGGAUAAACCGCAAAUAGGUGCGAUUAGCUUUAACAAAUGGGACUGUUGGCGUUUACAGAUACACUUAAUUAUAUUCAAGUCCGUUUUAUAAAUAUGUAUACACAUAUAGUAUUUCCACUUACUAAUGGAAUCAGUCAUGUACUAAGUUAUUUAUUAAACCUCGAGUCUAGUUUCAUGACAUCAUCAGAUGCUUUUAAAGAAACAUGCACUUGUUU